AGCCAUUGGUAGUCUAAUAUAAUAGUUCAAAGCAAUUAAUCUCAUGUGUUUUCGAUUGCAACUGCAGAGUAGGCAAGAACACAACCGCCAGCAGCAGCCAUGGCCACCGCUCAUUUGCUUUGCAACAACCAUAUCUUUAAUCCUUCUCGCCAUUCCUUCUCUAAAAGCAAUCUCCCUUCAACUCGGCCAAGUGGGUCUGUCUAUUUUAAUCAAAGACAAAGAGUCCCACUGGUCAAAGCCACGAAGAAACAGCUAGAGAUAGUGUAUGAUCCUGAUGAAAGGUUAAACAAGUUGGCUGAUGAUGUAGACAAGAAUGCUCCUCUUUCAAGGCUCACUUUGUUCUCACCGUGCAAGAUUAAUGUUUUCCUCAGAAUAACCAGUAAAAGAGAAGAUGGGUAUCACGAUUUGGCAUCUCUCUUUCAUGUAAUUAGUCUAGGAGAUACAAUUAAGUUUUCUUUAUCUCCUUCAAAAUCGAAGGACCGUUUAUCAACCAAUGUGUCUGGGGUACCUCUUGAUGAAAGGAAUUUGGUUAUUAAAGCUCUUAACCUUUACAGAAAAAAAACUGGUACUGACAACUUCUUUUGGAUUCAUCUAGAUAAGAAGGUGCCUACUGGGGCAGGGCUUGGUGGUGGAAGCAGUAAUGCUGCAACUGCCCUAUGGGCUGCAAAUCAGUUCAGUGGUGGCAUUGCUACUGAGAAUGAUCUCCUAGAAUGGUCAAGCGAGAUUGGUUCAGACAUCUCCUUCUUUUUUUCUCAUGGAGCAGCCUAUUGUACUGGUCGUGGUGAAAUUGUUCAAGAUAUUCCUUCACCUGUUCCUCUAGACAUUCCAAUGGUUCUCAUAAAGCCCCAGGAGGCUUGUCCAACUGGUGAAGUUUACAAGCGCUUUCGAUUGGAUCAAACCAGUCAGGUUGAUCCUUUAACAUUGCUUGAGAAGAUCUCAAAUAGUGGAAUAUCUCAAGAUGUUUGCAUCAAUGAUUUGGAACCUCCUGCUUUUGAAGUUCUCCCAUCUCUCAAAAGAUUAAAACAACGUAUAAUGGCAGCAAGCCGUGGACAAUAUGAUGCAGUUUUUAUGUCUGGGAGUGGAAGUACCAUUGUCGGAUUGUUCCCAGAUCCUCCAACAAUUAUAUAUAUAUUAUGA